AUGUCAAGCAUUAUCUCCUCUCGUCUUCCUCCGGAAAUACUUCAAGAUAUAUUCAAAUACAAUGUUGAGAUCAAAAACCGGCACGCACGUUAUAAGAAUCUAGCUACAUCAUGCCUUUUGGUAAAUCGUUAUUGGAGCAUGAAUGCUAUUUCAAUCAUGUGGGAAGAACCUUUAAAUAUUUGCGCGGGAAAAGAAAAAUCUUUAGAAAAAAUCCUCAAAGUUUACAUUUCAAAUUUACCCAAAGUAUCAAAGUCUUUAUUAAAAAAUUUAGAGUGUCAGUUUGAAAUUCCUUUAAAUCAACCUACCUUCAACUACGCUUCUUUUUUACAAAAACUCGAAUUGCAAAACCUUUAUGAUACCAUUAAUCAAUUCAUCCUUCAUAAAGCUUAUUACUCUAUUUGUAAAUACGAUAGAACUGCCAACCAACGAAUUGGUCUAUUACAAGAAUUAGUCAAGCAUUUCAUUUCUGAAAGUCCAAAAUUAAAUGCUGAUGAAUUAAAAGAUAUUAUAAAAUACAAAUCACUGAAUAAUCUUGAUGAAUUUGAUUUGUGUCAACCUACGGUGAAUAACUUGUAUAUUUCAAGUAUACUUCAAAACACAAAUAAUAAUCUUAAAGUAUUAAAAUUAAAUGGGAUGAAAUCGAUUGAUCCUGAAAAUGAAGAAUUAUUAUUUAAGUCGAUUACGGAGAAUUGUACAAUGUUGAAGGAAUUAGUAAUUUCUUUAACUACAUCCACAGCAAAAUAUUUUCCAACAUGUAUUCGUACGCUUACUCAUCUUCAAAAUUUAAGAGUGGAUCGAUAUGAAGAUGAUCAAUCAUUUGAAGAAGAUAUGAGUAUUUGGGCCGAAGCUCUUGGUAAAAACAUUUCUUUAUCCAUAAAAAUACUUUCGUUAGAUAAAAAUUUAAAUUUGAACACGGAAGCAUUUGAAAAAUUUCUUUGCCAAUGUUAUAAUAGAG